GAAGGCUGUAUGCUCUGCCCUGCCUGCCAGUGGCACAUCAUGAAACUCUACAUAAGUCUCCUACUCUGCAACCUCCUAUCUGCUGCCUCUAAACCUCCCACGAUCGUGGAGGAGCUGACCUGUGCCACCGGGGAUGGCAGUGCUUACAGGGGAACCAUCUCCGUGACAGAAUCGGGGAAGACCUGCCAGCUCUGGGCCUCUCAGAAUCCACACGAGCAUUCCAGGACGCCAGAGAACUACCCAUGCAAGGGGCUUAAAUCGAAUUACUGCAGAAAUCCUGACAAUGAGAGAAUGCCUUGGUGCUACACGACGGACCCCGGCACUCGAUGGGAGUACUGCAAGGUGCCGACCUGUGGAAAUGAGCCUGUCCCAGCCUCUAAACCUCCCACGAUCAUGGAGGAGCUGACCUGUGCCACCGGGGAUGGCAGUGCCUACAGGGGAACCAUCUCCGAGACAGAAUCGGGGAAGACCUGCCAGCUCUGGGCCUCUCAGAAUCCACACGAGCAUUCCAGGACGCCAGAGAACUACCCGUGCAAGGGGCUUAAAUCGAAUUACUGCAGAAAUCCUGACAAUGAGACAAUGCCUUGGUGCUACACGACGGACCCCGGCACUCGAUGGGAGUACUGCAAGGUGCCGACCUGUGGAAAUGAGCCUGUCCCAGGUACCUCUAAACCUCCCACGAUCAUGGAGGAGCUGACCUGUGCCACCGGGGAUGGCAGUGCCUACAGGGGAACCAUCUCCGAGACAGAAUCGGGGAAGACCUGCCAGCUCUGGGCCUCUCAGAAUCCACACGAGCAUUCCAGGACACCAGAGAACUACCCGUGCAAGGGGCUUAAAUCGAAUUACUGCAGAAAUCCUGACAAUGAGACAAUGCCUUGGUGCUACACGACGGACCCCGGCACUCGAUGGGAGUACUGCAGGGUGCCGACCUGUGGAAAUGAGCCUGUCCCAGCCGGUCUGAAGUGCGGACAGGCCAAGGUGAAGCCUGGGAAGUGCUUUAACCGAAUUGUUGGAGGAUGUGAAUCCAAGCCCCACUCCUGGCCCUGGCAAAUCAGCCUCCGAACCAACUUCCACGAUUACCUCUGCGGAGGGACACUGAUCAAGCCACAGUGGGUGGUGACUGCUGCACAUUGCCUGGAAUCACCUCAUCCAGCUGCCUACAAGGUGUAUCUUGGAACACACACACAGAAAGCCGAUGAGGCAUCAAAGCAAGUACGAGACGUCAAAAAGUUGAUUCUGGAACCCAGAAAUUUAGAUAUUGCGCUGCUCAAACUAGACAGCCCCGCCAUCAUAAAUGACAUGGUGAUGCCUGCCUGCUUGCCUGAGAAGGACUACAUUGUGCCGCAUUUGGCUGAGUGCCACGCGACCGGGUGGGGUGUAACCCGAGGCACUGGUGGGGACGGGGUGCUGAAGCAGUCCCAUCUCCCUGUUAUCGAAAACAAAGUGUGCAACCGCCCUGCGUACCUCUCCGGACGAGUGAGGGACCACGAGAUGUGCGCGGGGUACAUCGAGGGAGGCACUGACACCUGCCAGGGUGACAGCGGUGGUCCCCUGGUCUGCCAUUCGGAUAACACCUUCGUCUUACAGGGAGUGACAUCAUGGGGUGAGGGCUGUGCCAAGCCCAUGAAGCCGGGGGUGUACACUAGAGUCUCAAAAUUUGUGGACUGGAUAGCAGAAGAGAUCAAGAAUAAUUCAUAACCCCGUCAUUCUCAUAUCAGUCGUUUUUUAAUACAAUAUUCUAAUGGUGAUAAAAAAAAUGAUUAAUACAUUUGAAAAGCCUUGGAGGCUGCUUCAUUGAGCUGCAUGCUGCAAUACCAUACAUGCUUUAGGUUGAAUCUAUUCAAGCUGGUGAAUAAAAUGAAAUAAUUGAUCCAACAUUGUUGGGUUAAUGUUGGGAAAAAAAA